AUGGGCGCCCACGAAGACCGUAACUCAAAAACUCAAGUCCAAGGCGGCGCCAGCGCGGCAUCCACACCAGCCAACAACGUCAAUACCGGCUCAGAAACCGGCUCCCAAGACCCAAAGCAAUCUGGCGGUCCUGCCGCUGACAGCGCAAGUAGCUCCCAAGGCCCCGGACAUACCGCAAUCCCCAACCCGGCAGCCUCCAUUGGAGGGUUUUUGGGUCUAUCAGAGCAAAAGGGUGCUGCGGCGGCGCAUACCAAGCAACGCGUUGCGGAGUCUGGUGGGUUUGUGGAUGAAGAUUUGAAAAAGAGUGGCGUGGCGGAGACGUGCGAGACGGAGGAUCAUAGUUUUAUGCAGAGGAAACCUGGCGGGCCGGAUAUGCCUGGUCAUUCGGUGAUCAAGGGGAUUGUUGAUCAGUUUACGAAAUGA